ACGUGAUAAUUUACGUAAGGUUAAAUGUUUGGAGGUGUGCUUAUGCAACGGGAAACAUAGCAAGCGCAAGACUUCGAAAUCAAACUACGAUCAUUCGCUAUGCAGGCAGAUAAAGUUGCAGAUACUCCUGUGGAGUUCAUUGUUGAAUACCUGCUGAAGGCUAAAGAGAUUGCAGACAACAAUGCCAAUGUUCCUGUUGAGCUGCGAGAUAAUGUGCAGAAGGCCCUGGACAUCGCCAGCGGUCUGGAUGGAUACCUGGAACACAUGAGCAGCCAGGAGAGUGAACCGCUGGCCGAGUUGUACAGGAAAUCAAUGUCUCAUGACUGGGAUAAGGUGUAUGAGGAUGGGAAAACCUUGUUUAGGCUUCCCAUUACAUGCAUCACUGGACACGUAGAAGGUCAGGUAUUGAAGAUGCUGGUUCACAUGAGCAAAGCAAAGAGGGUCUUAGAGAUAGGAAUGUUCACUGGAUAUGGGGCAUUGUCAAUGGCUGAAGCUUUACCACAGAACGGCCGACUCAUUGCCUGUGAGCUUGAGCCGUUCCUCAAAGACUUUUCCCGGCCUAUAUUUGACAAGUCUCCACAUGGUAAAAAGAUUAUGGUGAAGACUGGGCCUGCUAUGGAGACCCUGAAGGAAUUGGCUUCGUCAGGAGAGCAGUUUGACUUGGUUUUCAUUGAUGCAGACAAACAAAACUACAUUAACUAUUAUAAGUUCCUGAUGGACCACAACCUCCUGCGCAUGGAUGGAGUUAUAUGUGUGGACAACACGCUGUUUAAAGGAAGAGUUUAUCUCAAGGAUUCAGCCGAUGAGAUGGGGAUAGCUUUGAGAGAUUUCAGUCAGUUUGUCACAAAUGAUCCUCGUGUAGAGCAGGUUAUUAUUCCUUUGAGAGAUGGUCUCACAGUUAUACGAAGAGUCCCAUUUACACUUCAAGCAAACACACAGAACAGUGUGACCUAUGAUGAGGUCUUCCGAGGAGUUCAAGGAAAGGCGGUGCUGGACAGGAUGCGUUUAGAUGGAAAAGUGGCCUAUGUGACCGGGGCCGGUCAGGGCAUCGGAAGGGCCUUCGCACACGCUCUCGGGGAGGCCGGAGCAAAAGUGGCCGUUAUAGACAUGGAUAAAGGAAAAGCAGAGAAUGUGGCUUGUGAACUGACAUUAAAAGGCAUUCCCAACAUGGCCGUUUCCGCGGACAUUAGCAAGCCAGAGGACGUUCAGAAGAUGAUUGACGACGUUGUUUCAAAAUGGGGCACAAUUCACAUCGCUUGCAACAAUGCUGGCAUUAACAAGAACUCGGCCAGCGAGCACACCAGUUUGGAGGAAUGGGAUCAAACCUUUAAUGUUAACCUCAGAGGGACUUUCAUGUGUUGCCAGGCGGCCGGUCGUGUCAUGCUGAAGCAGGGAUACGGCAAGAUAAUCAACACAGCUUCCAUGGCCAGUUUAAUAGUGCCACAUCCACAGAAACAGCUGUCCUACAACACAUCCAAGGCCGGGGUGGUCAAGCUUACACAAACCUUGGGUACGGAGUGGAUCGACCGAGGGGUUCGAGUGAACUGCAUCUCCCCUUCUUCGGAGGGAAGGAAGAGAGAAAGUGUACGUGUGACGCCCGAAGCAGAGCAUCCCCAAACCCCUGAGAUCCAAGAGACGACAAACACUCAACACAUAAACGGACUGUAUUUCUAUAUAGCGCUAGCUUGUUUUCUCAUUUGAAUUCUUUUUUAACCCCUCCCUCAAACAAGGUCCCUCAAUGUGCCUCUGAUUUCCACAAAGUGACGGUCGGUAAAUAUGCGUACGGGUGGAGGGGACCACAAUUAACGCGUGAGGUUGACUGGCGCCUGAUUUCAUUGGCAACUUUAGCCGCGACAGUGAUAAGCCGCAUUAUCUCCGAAAUUGGCUGAGGGAAAACAGUAAGUCUUUGAUUGGCACGACUGCUUUCCUGAUAAAGCAGCGCUGAAGAGAAAUAUAAUUGAGAUUUGAAUAUGUUAACCGAAGGUGUCACAUGCUACUUCAGUGCUUCUAAUUUAGCCCCGGUGUCGGAUUUGGUAUCAAGGCGAAUGGAAUCCAUUCGAGCAGGCUUAAAUCGUGCGGAAGGCUGUUGGGAAUUUCGUCGGCUGUUUUGUCAAAUGUGCGAAUAGACGAGCCGUAUUUCCCAUGCGGCUGUUUGGCGUGAAAUGCAUUUGUUACAGUUUGCCGUGCGUUUUUGUAGUUAGGGACAUAAGCCUCCUUAAAAUUCAGACAUAAUGUUAGUAUUGUUGCUAAAAGCCUGUUCACAUCAAGACUUAUAACUUUAAAGAUAACUCUAACUAUGUUAGCGUCCACGCCAACAUUUGAUAAUGUUUUUAUUUUAUAUUAAAGUUCACCCAGAAAUGAACAUUCUUUCAUCAUUUACCCAUCCUAAAGUCGUUUGACUUUAUUUCUUCAGCGGAACACAAAAGAAAAUAUUUUGAGGAAAGUUGGUGACAAAACCGUUUGGGGCCCCGUUGACAUUCAUUGUAUGGACACAAAACCACUGAGAAACUUCUCAAAAUAUCUUCUUUUGUGGUACACAGAAGAAAGAAAUUCAAUCAGGUUUUAAACAAAAUAAGGGUGAAUAAAGCAUGACAGAAUUUUUAUUUUUCAGCAUUUUUUUGGGGGGGGGAACUAUCCCUUUAAGAUUGCACGGAGCAGUUUCACAUGAUCAUAUUAUAUCAUUAUUAUAAUUAAUCUCAAAGACAUUGUUUCUCUGUAGUGUUAUUGUUGUGGUGUGGACUCUGCUAUUCUUCCAAAUUUAAAAUGAUUUUUAAAACAAUUUAAUAGUUAUAGUUGUUGUGAAUUAAAUGUAAAUAAUAUAACAUGUAAAUUGUUAAAAACCCGUAUGUUGUCUUUUUGUCUGACUCGCAUACAAAGAGAAUCUUCUCUCAUCUCUUGCUAUACGCCAGUGGUCUCCAAAAAAGAUGACAUCACAAAAUGAGUUGUUACGUGUAGGUGUUUCUUUAAGACGUGACCAAUAUGUACUGUUAUGAAAAAGAGCUACUUUACUAUUUCUCUAUUUGACAGUAAACGCAAUCUCACAAGGACGAGUAAAUCAUGAUAGGAUUUUCG